AUGCGCUCGUUCGUGAGCCUGAUGGGCGCAGACCCUUCGCAAGACCAUCUCCAUACCUUCGAAACCUCCUGGCUCUUCUCGCCGUUCGUCCUCGGCUGCAUUCGAGCUGUUCUGUCCCUCUACUCGUUCGUGACCACAUUCUUCAUCGUCGGCUGGCGGGCAACACACGACCAGAAUGUCCACAACGCCGUGGACCUGUUUGUCUACUUCACCAACUUGAGCUACUGGGGUUUGGCCUUCUACUUCCUCGUUUCCGCGAUUCACAGCUUUCUCUAUGCGCGGACAGGGCGCUCCGUGUUCUUCGAGAAGACGCCGCGAUUCCUGCGCGCACUGCACAGCCUGUUCUAUUCGUCGAUUGUUAUAUUGCCAAUUAUUGUCACCGUGCUGUACUGGGCGCUGCUUUUCAAUGGCACAUGGUUUCCCAAGGUUUCCAAGCAUGCUAUGCAAGCGGGAUUCGCCCUUUUUGAGCUCAUCAUCCCAGCCACCCAGCCCCUUCCGCUCCUCCAUCUGCCUUUCCUCUGGGUCAUACUACUCCUAUACCUUGGUCUAGCGUACCUCAACCACUCGGUAAAUGGAUUCUUUACAUAUGACUUCCUCGAUCCCGGUGUUCACGGCGAGCAUCGUGGUCGUGUGACGGCAUACUCGUUUGGGGUUCUUGUUGGGUCUGCUGUCUUGUUCGGUGUAGCCUGGUUUAUAAUUUGGUUUAGGAAUCGCCUGAACGGUAACAAGAGAAUCCUUGCAUCACGGCCGGCAUCGGCUGAUGAAGAGAUGGCAGUGAGCCAUGAAAAGUGA